AUGUCCUCCAACGACUUACCUGCGGCCGCGGAAACCGCAGCAUCGAACCCAUUUAGAGUUGAUGCCAGCCGUUUUGCAUUCACACCUCGAAGGCUUCGGGUGGUCUGUAUUGGAGCUGGUUUUUCCGGUCUCACCCUUGCAUACAAGCUCCAGCACGAGAGACCGCUAGACUAUGUGGACUGGGUGAUCUAUGAGAAGAAUCCCGAGGUUGGGGGUGCCUGGUGGGAGAACGUCUACCCUGGUGUUGGCUGUGAUAUUCCAGCUCCAAGCUACGUGUUCCCGUUUGAACCGAAUCCGAUGUGGUCCAAGUUUUAUGCUGGAGGAGAGGAGAUCAAGCAGUACAUGAUCCACACGGCAGACAAAUAUAACCUGAGAAAGAAUAUCGUCUUCAACAUGAAGUUGAUCAAGGCCAACUGGCACGAAGAACAGGGCAAAUGGAAACUCCAGCUUGACUCCGGUACUUCCAUUAAGUACGACGAGGCCGAUGUAUUCAUCGAUGCAAAAGGCAUUCUCAACCACUGGGACUGGCCUCGUAUCCCAGGACUCCAUUCCUUCAAAGGGGAAAUAUUCCACAGCGCGAAAUGGGAUCCAAAUUAUGAUUGGGAAGGGAAGAGGGUAGCAGUCAUUGGCAAUGGAUCAUCUGGACUCCAGCUUGUCCCUGCCCUGCAGCCCAAAGCAGCCAAACUGGUCAACUAUGCCCGUCAUUCCACUUGGGUCUCCAUGAACCUAUGUGGAAAUCUAACAAAGGACGGGAUGGGAACGAACUUUGAGUUCACAGAAGAAGAGAAGCAAAAAUUUCGAGACGACCCCGAGGCAUUCCUCGAGUACCGAAAGGUCGUGGAAAGAUCUGUUAACAGCGUUUUCCGCAUGAUGGUUUCUGGCUCCGAAGAGAACGCCUUCCUGGCUAAUCUCGUGGACGGGAUAAUGCGACAGCGACUGAAUAAUGACCCCGAGCUGGUCAAACUGUUAAUACCCGACUAUGAAGUUGGUUGCCGGCGUCUCAGUCCCGGGGAUGGCUACCUGGAAGCCUUGCAGGCGAACAACGCAAGGCCAUGUUUCAGCCCGAUCAGACGUAUUACCCCGAGUGGAAUCGUGACGGAUGAAGGGGAGGAGGAGUUUGACCUUAUCGUAUGCGCUACGGGCUUCGUCAACACAUUUGUUCCUCCCUGGGAGCAGGUAGGUCGCAAUGGCAGACGGCUGGACGUGGAAUGGGAUGAAAUCCCAGAGGCAUACUUCUCUGUCUGCGCCGCGGGAAUGCCGAACUAUUUCAUGUUUGCUGGUCCCAACUGUCCUAUCGGCCACGGCUCCGUGCCGCAGAUGCUUGCCUGGACGGCCGACUACGCAUUGGAUUGGGUGGAAAAGAUAGCAACCGAAGAUAUCAAAUCGGUUGUCGUCAAAGACUCAGUAGUCCGAGACUACAACAUAUAUGCCCAGGAGAACCUCAAGCGUUGUGUUUGGUCGAAGGGCUGCCAUGCCUGGUAUAGCAAGAAAAACGACAACGGGAAGGGUAACACUGUCACUGCAAUGUAUCCAGGAAGUGCCCUUCACUACAAGGCUUUCCUAAAGACAAUUCGCGGUGAGCACUUCGACAUCCGCUAUACGGGACCUAGUAUGUUCACUUAUCUAGCAAAUGGGGAACUUGCUUUUGAGAGAGCUGAGAACGGCGAUCUGGCGUACUAUUUGACCUAG